UUCACUUUUGACAUUUCUCAAAGCAGAUGUUUAGGUUAUGUAAACUCUAUUUGAUAAAAAUAAAAAAGAGUAGAGUUUUUAUAUCUAGAUUAAAUAAAUUCGCCUUUUAAAAUCAUAAAAUAUGGUGUCACAAACUUUGGCUCUCCUCGUUCGUUCUCGGGGUCCAGAUGAGUUCUGGAGAAAAAGGAAAAUCUUCAAAAUGGCUGCACAUUAUCGCAGCAGAGCAAGGAACUGUUAUUCAAUUGCCAUCAGAAGUGUCCACAGAGCUCUUGUGUAUGCCACAAAAGGGCGCAAGUUGAAGAAGCUCGAUAUGGCUGAGCUUUGGAAGACCCGCAUCGAAGCCGGAUGCAAUCAAUACGGUAUUUCAUUUGAUUCCUUCAAAGAAGGUCUCAUUCGAAGCGAUAUCCUGCUAAACAAAAAGGUCUUAGCCGAUCUAGCAAUCUGGGAGCCUAAAUCAUUCGAAUCUUUAGUAAAAAUUUCCAGAGAAAGAGCAGCCAUCGAAGGACUACCCGACCUUAAGGAACGAUCUGUAAUGAAUCAAGUCUACGGACUGCCAAACAUAAUGAAUGAAAUGCAAAUAAAGAAAUAAGUUUAACAAAACAA